AUGCAGGAAAGAGAAAGCGCACAAGUGCUUUUUGAUAAAUACAAAAAGGCAAGUAAAAUUCUUAGAAGGCUAUUACCUGAUCCAACACUGGACCCAUUGGGACACAGAAUUUUCAUGCGUAAGGAUCCUAAACCUGAUCGAACAAAAGCAAUGGAAUGGGAAAAGAAGCGCACGCGGAAACAAGUUCACAUCCAAAACGCGGGGACUGUAAUAAAUGAAAUAAAUGGUGGAACAUUUGAAAAUAUAAACGGUGAGAUAAAACCUAUGUCAAAAGAAAAGGAUCAUAAUGAGUCCGAUGAUGAUUUCAUGUCUGUCCGUAUAUCAAAGCGGAAACAGUUAUAUCUUAUGAGAAAGGUUAGAAUAUUGAUAAGACCUUAUGUUGCCUAUAAUAAUUCAAGCGAAGUUAAUAAUUCUGGUUAUGAUAGGUCACAUACUCCGCCUCAUCAAAUACAGUCUGCACCAAGGAAUCAAGACUUGAUCACACCACACAAACCAACUCUUUAUGAACAUACUGUAAAAUAUUUGGCAAAACAUUUUUCAAUGAGUAUUAAUCAAGAUUGUGUUAUUAUGAAAGCAAAUCAAGUUGUAACAAUUCCAUCGGAAAUUCGCCAUUGGCUUAUUGACUCAUUUUCAGUAAUUCGAAACGAAAAGGAUAAAUUCAAAUAUUCUAUUAUAACUUCUUUCAAUCCCGAUCAUCCAUUUAGAAAAUAUUGCGAAAUUAUUCUAUAUGAUUUCGAAGCUACUCUAAAUCGAGAUAUUGGAGAGAGAAAGUACAUUGUAGACAGAAUAGCUCUUCUGUUUAAGGCCAUUGAAUCAAUAUAUCGAGAAUAUGUUUUCGAUUGGAUCGAAGUUCAAGCGAAUUUUUAUGGAAUUGGUUUCAAAACCGGAAGCAACAAAGAAUUAGUAUUUAUUGAGAUUUCUGGUGGACCAGAAAAUCCUGUAGAAAAACAUGUUAAAGAAGACACGGAAAAGUUGAUUAAGGAGGCAAUGUUUGGCUUAAUUUCCCUUCUUCGUGAUUACUUAGAUAAAAACGCCAAAUAUGCAAGGAACAUAUGCACUUACAUGGUGCAAGGCAUCGGUGACAGGAUUACACUUAGCAAACUUCAGCUCGAUCAAAAACACUUUUACAAAUUCUUGCAGAUUAAGUCGGCAAAACUUCCAUUUUCAUUUGAUGAAGUCGAAAAAUACUUGAAGUUUUUGAACUAUUUAUUAUACGCAUUAAUUGUGAAGCGAAUUGAAAAAUACACAAAGGAGUUGAAAAAACUAACGUGCUCAAAUUCAGUUGUAGAUCAGCCAACAGUGAGAAGUUGGUUAUGGGUACCGAACAAUAUUGCAACAUGGGAAGGUGUUGGAAUAACAUAUGAAG